GCUUUUGACUCACCUCACCCUUUCUGUUACGUUUCUCUCUCUGUACUCUUUGAAAGGACGGACGACGCAAGGAGAAAGAGAGAGAUAGAGAGAUGGAUCCAGACGCAGUAUCCAAGGCUUUCGUGGAGCACUACUACACCACCUUCGAUUCGAAUCGCGCAGGGUUGGUCUCUCUCUACCAGGAAGGAUCCAUGUUGACCUUCGAAGGCCAGAAGAUCCAGGGCUCUCAGAACAUCGUCGCCAAGCUCACCAGCCUUCCUUUCCAGCAGUGCAAGCACAACAUCACCACCGUCGAUUGCCAGCCCUCUGGUCCCGCCGCCGGAAUGCUCGUCUUUGUCUCCGGCAAUCUCCAACUCGCUGGCGAACAGCACGCCCUCAAGUUCAGCCAGAUGUUCCAUUUGGUCUCGAAUCAGGGAAACUACUACGUGUUCAACGACAUAUUCAGGUUGAACUAUGCCUGAGGAAUGUAGUGGCAGAGAGUCAGAGACUGAUGGAAGUUUGGUGGGUUAAUUUAGAAUUGAGAACUGAAGCUUGUUUUGCUCUCUGUCUUUACUUUAAUCAUUAGAGGGCUCUUUUUAACUAUGGUUGAGAUGACUUCGUAUUAUCUGCUUAUUAUCAAGGAUUACAAACAAAAGGUUUAUUUGAAAUAUGGUUCUCUGUUGGAACCCUUUUUCAUAUUGAAAAGUUUGCUAAAACA